AUGGGGACUACCAACUGCCCUCCCCUCGGAGGAUACUGGAGUACCUUCCGGCAUAUCCCCAACGAUACGGCUCGUACGACUGCCCGAUGUUCCCCUCGUGCUAUUGACAAGGACUACUGGCUGAAGCGGGCCGCAGAGAUCGUACAAUACCAGAGCUACGGCGACUACGUCAUGAAGUCUAGCCCGAAGAAGAUCACGAACGGCUCGGGGAACCAUGAGCUCGAUCUCGUCGACGAAUCUGUGAAAGAGGGCCCGAGUGAGCCAAUGUUCCGCACCAUGGUACCAUCCACCGAGGGUGACGGAACGCUCCCACUUGCACGGCCCAUUGAUACUACUACUAUCGAGGGCGAUAGCAAUUACAGCACAAUCCCUGAGGCCUUCCACAUUCGUGACGAGCAAGGGGAACUCGUCUUUCCAAAGGCGGUUCCCUCGGAGCCUGACCAGCCCAUCUAUCUACAGUCUACUCUAGCUCGGCUAUUGGUAGAUCGUACACUGAUGGAUGAUGAGUGA